AUGCUCACCAGUCUUUUAACAACUCUGUUCUAUACGGGACACUUCAGAGAAAAGAUGCUGAGCCUGUCCAGGGCAGUGGUGAGUUGUGUGGCUCGGGCCCCAGCCGCUGGAGCAACCACUCUGGUCCGAUACAACAGCACCGCUCAGGCGUCUCCUAAGAAGACAAAGUUUGGACCGUUGGCUGAUGAAGAUCGUAUUUUUACAAACCUUUAUGGGCGUCAUGAUUGGGGGCUAAAAGGUGCAAUGAAGCGUGGGGAUUGGUACAAGACUAAAGAGAUUCUUCUCAAAGGAGUUGAUUGGAUUAUUAAUGAGAUCAAGGCCUCUGGUCUUCGGGGCAGAGGUGGGGCUGGAUUCCCAACAGGCAUGAAAUGGAGCUUCAUGAACAAACCCAGUGACGGCAGGCCUAAGUAUCUGGUGGUAAAUGCAGAUGAGGGAGAGCCAGGAACAUGUAAGGACAGAGAGAUCAUGAGGCACGACCCGCACAAGUUGGUGGAGGGCUGUCUCGUCGCUGGGAGAGCCAUGGGAGCUCGCGCCGCUUACAUCUACAUCAGAGGAGAGUUCUACAAUGAGUCGUCCAAUCUGCAGAUUGCAGUCAAUGAGGCCUAUGCUGCUGGUCUUAUUGGACAAAACGCCUGCGGCUCUGGGUUUGACUUUGACGUUUAUGUGAUGCGUGGAGCCGGAGCCUACAUCUGUGGAGAGGAAACGGCUCUGAUCGAAUCCAUUGAGGGAAAACAGGGGAAACCACGACUCAAGCCACCAUUUCCUGCUGAUGUUGGUGUUUUUGGCUGCCCCACAACUGUUGCCAAUGUUGAGACUGUGUCCGUGGCUCCCACUAUCUGCCGUCGCGGAGGAACGUGGUUUGCUGGAUUUGGUCGAGAGAGGAACUCUGGCACCAAACUGUUCAACAUCUCGGGCCACGUGAAUAACCCCUGCACCGUGGAGGAGGAGAUGUCCAUUCCCUUGAAGGAGCUCAUAGAGAGGCACGCAGGUGGAGUGCGUGGUGGUUGGGAUAACCUACUGGCUGUAAUCCCGGGCGGCUCUUCCACCCCCCUCAUCCCCAAAGACGUGUGCUCGGAAGUGCUCAUGGACUUCGAUGGCCUCGUUCAGGCUCAGACCGGCCUGGGCACCGCAGCUGUCAUUGUUAUGGACAAAUCAACCGACCCAAUCAGAGCUAUUGCCCGUUUGAUUGAGUUCUACAAACACGAGAGCUGUGGCCAGUGCACGCCCUGCAGAGAAGGUGUGGACUGGAUGAAUAAUAUGAUGUGGCGUUUUGUUCGUGGUGAUGCCAGGGUUUCAGAGAUCGACAUGAUUUGGGAGUUAAGUAAACAGAUUGAAGGCCACACCAUCUGCGCUCUGGGCGAUGGCGCUGCGUGGCCUGUGCAGGGUCUGAUCAGACAUUUGAGGCCUGUUAUGGAAAGUCGAAUUGCUGAGUUCCAGCAGAAACAGCAGGCCCGUGCAUAA